AUGAAGCUCCACAUCCUCACCCUCGCAGUGCUCGCGACACUGGCUUCAACACACGUCCUGCCUCCCAGCGACAGUGCACUCACGAACCUCACCUAUGACACCUCCCUCGAAGACACACCCAUACACCAUGUCGCCGGUACAUUCAAUCCCUCCACCGUCCACACCGCCGCCGACCCCCCACCCCCCAACGCCAAAUUCGACAAAGCCGUCUCCACCGGCCAAACCCUCGACUCAGCCAUGAGAUCCAAAGACAGUAUCGCGCGAUGGCUCUUCAAAGACUUCCCCCAAUACGCCGAAACGUGUCAGUCACCCUUCACCGGCGACGGGCGGGCUGACCUCGCGAAAUGGGGAUUCGAUGACAGUGACGCACUGAGCGCGACGGUAGCGAAGGAGUGUGACUUUGAUGCGUAUCAUAAGAUCAAAGCGGCGUUUGAUGAGAUCGGAAUGGAUACGAAGGCGGCGAAGGAUGGGGGGCCGAACCGGUGUUUCAAGGUUAAUCAUCGGGAUGGGCCGGCGAUUAAGAGGGAUGAGAAGGGGGAGUUGCCGAAUGAGGCGAAGCAGUACUAUGAUGCCACAGGCGCAUCCUACGAAUUCGCCGCCAACCCCUCCGGCCUCCUCGCCCUCAUGAACAUCAUGUCCAUGACCUACUCCGCGAAAACAUACACCUGGUUCCGCACCCCUCUCCCUUCUGAACUCCCCGACAUAGGCACGACACAGGAUAUCGGGUGGGCCAUGUGGAACCGCGUCAACGCGCCUAGUCUGGCUGGGCUCAAGUACCUGCUUGUGACGCAGGUGAUGAAUGCGGGGAGUAGGGAGAUCUUUCGGCAUGCGUUGGGGCUGUUGGAGCCGCCGGAGAGUGAGUAUAAGGUGUGGCCGGGGCAUGAGUUUAAGAUGGAUGGGAAGGGGAGUAAAGGGGGAUUGGCGAUUCUGGGCUCACCAGUUGGGCGAUGGGCGGGCUAUCUCUUACUGCAGCACAAGGACCAGCUUGGUGGUAAUCGGUACAUCGAGAAGGUAAGGCUGUUCAAACCGCCAGGGGCCAGUCUGCCGUACCUUCUCUUCUACGUCGCGAAGGAUCCUUGGGUUGGAGAGGUUAAGCCGGUGGCUGCGAAGAUGGUGAGCGGGAUGAACGUCACAAAUGCGUUGGAAAUGGACGAUGAAACCAAGAAUGUUGUGAGGAGAGAGGAUGCGAAGAACCUCAUCAGACAGCAUGUUGUCGUUGUCCGAACCUAG